AGGGCGCCAAAACUCGUCUCGUCGGACAUUUUAGGAUUUCUGGAAGUAACCGGGUCGGAGACUCUUUUCUCGCCGAAAAACGAGUCCGAUCCGCGGCAUGGAGACCCAGUCGUACACGCCGGUGCCGCCGGGGGUGGGGAUGGAGGAGAACUUCUUGUCGCUGGACGAUAUCCUGCUCUCCCACGAAAGGCUGCCCUGCCGGACGGAGAGCGCCUUCCCCCGGCUGGGGUUCCUGGAGAAGUCCGCCGACGCCCGGGACAUCCCGGAGGGCGCCAAGAUGGAGAUGCCCCUCUGGUUGGCCAAGGGCCUCUACGAGCGGAAGAGGCGGGUCCUGUCGGUGGACCCGCCCAAAACCUACCGGCAGGGCUGGCGCACGGUGCUGGGCGCCGACCCCAACGUGGUGGACCUGCACAAGAUGGGGCCCUACUUCUACGGGAUGGGGUCGCAGCUCCUGCACUUCCAGGGCCCCGAGAACCCCGAGAUCGCGCAGACCGUCCUGCAGACCUUCAUCGGGCGCUUCCGCCGGACGAUGGACGCGUCCCAGAACGCGCUGGACGCCGACACGUCCGCGCUGGUCGCGCCCCUCGACGCGCUGGAGCGGGCGCUCUUCCGGGCGGGGCAGGCGGGCCUGGCGGCCUAUCAGAGGUGGGAGGGCGGGGCCUCCGGGAGGAUCGAGGCGUCCGGCCUGGUGCUGAACUACAGGAAGCGGAAGCUCGGGGAGCUGCAGGCCUGACGAGGCGAGCGCCGACGGCUCUUCCGGGCGGUUCCCGAGCCGCUAACGAUCCUUCCAGGCCUGAAAAGACGAUUGCAGAGCCGCUAACGAUC